UGACAAAAUGUUCAUACUUUAGGGACCAAAAUUGCUAUUAACCUAAAAAACUAAUUCUUACCAUUUAAAAAAUUAGAUUAAAACAUCUAUUUACAAUUGACCUUGACGUGUUUUCAUAUUUUAAAACUAUUACAUUAUAGCUUCAUUAUCACCGUAAAUGAAAAUAUUUUUCACCAAAUGGACAAAACUUAUCUUGGACCUGUCCAAAAUGUGUCCAAAAGUUAAUAUCCAUUUUGGUAUGGAUACAUAAUAAUUGAUUAAUAAGAAAUGUAUGGUGGUCUAAAUUAAGAGUGCCUAAGAAAUAUUUGAGAUAGAUAUGUGUAAUGUUAAGGGAAAAAAACUGAGGGUGGGCAUACUGUUACUGGCUCUGUCAGUGCCUACUUGACAGCUCUGCUUAUCCAUGACUUUUCUAAGACUUCCUUUAGUGCACAUUUGUAUACAUGCCUACACACAGCCACCUUGUUAAAGAAGUUCAAGACUUUAUUGGAAAAGGAGCUGAUGAGCUUCAUUGGUGACUGGAUGGCUAUCAAACAAAAUUUUUGUCUUCAUGCUGAGAUUUGUUGAUUUAUAAAGGUCCUAUCAUUCAGCAUUUUAGGCCUCACCUUGCUUGCGUAUUUUUUAGCUUCUUAAGCUUCCCUUGUACUAAGUGUUGCUUUCUGGCUACAGUUUUUGUCUACUACUUUUCAUAAAUCUUCUUGAUACAGUUAUUCACAUUGUCUAUGCUUUAUGUGUGGGAGUUCCUUUUUUUUUUUUAAAGGAAUACUAUUGGGCAUAUCUUAUAGUGAUAUGCUUAUCCAUCAUGCCCCUUCUGAUUAGAUAUUAUUCAUUACACCUUCUAGAUCAGAUCUAUGUGUUCUGCAAAAGAUUAUGUUUGGUUCAUAUUAAUUGCUGAUUCGUUUUUUUUUUUCUCAUAUUCAGCCUAUCGAAAGCUUGCGAGGAGUUGUCAUCCUGAUGUGAACAAGUAAGCCAAGCAACUACUUCAAAGUUUACAAUUUAAUUUUUGCUCUUAUAGUCUAAGCAAAGUCAUUUCUGUUUUACCUACUGCUGAUUUGCUGAUUUAUAGUUGUUAUGCAUGCAUAAAGGGUAUCGUAAGCAACUGCUAGACGGACAAGGCAAAUAAAUGCACAUCACCCCAAGUGCCCUUUUUUUUCCAAAAAUAAAGAAAAGGAAACCACUAGACAGAUUUUGCUUCUGUUUUGCCAUUUCUCCUUGGAAAUUAUCUUCCCCUCAGUGUGUUAUUGUUGUAUGCUCAGUAGCUGUUGAUGAUCGGCCAAAAUAAAAAAAAAAGGUAGCCAUUGCUUGGUUAUAGAAGAUACAUUGUACUUGGGAAGUUCGAACAACAGGGCUUGUGCAUCUUAACACAAGAAGGCAUUUUGCGAAGUUCAUGGUAUUUAUAGGACCAAAAAAAGUCUAUUCAUUGUAUUACUUGCUAAUGUACAAUAUAUAACUUACUUCAGCUAAGGACUAUGGUAGUAUUGUGUCACAUUAUUAAGUGAAAACCCCUCGACUUUUGUAGGUUACUAUCAUAUUGUAGUGAGGUAUUGUUGUGGUAUUGUAUGAAAUUAUAAUGAAAUGUCCUCUCCUUUAGCAGGUUACUGUCAUCUUGGUGGUGCAAGUUCCUGUUCGCAUGUAAUAGCAUUGAACUGGUAGGAAUGUAACGUUUUUUAAGUUUUGUUUUAUCAGGGGUGGGACUAGUGUGAUUAUAGUAAUGGGUUCAAGGUCAUUCGCUCGUUCUGUGUGAAAGAAGCUUAGAAUGAUUCUUUAGGAGUUAGUGAAUAUACCAAAAAAAAGUGGUUACUUAACAAUCUUUGUGUGGUACAUUGUCAUUGCUUUUGUGUCUUUCCAGUUUCUUUUCUCUUAUUCAUUUUAGUUUCUUUUUUCAUCUCAUUUUUCGAAUUUAACUAUCAUAACUAAUAGUUUUUUUUUUUGCUGUGCUUGAAUUGAGGGAUACCUACAUCUUCUAAUUCUCUUCCCAAGCCCUUUUUUAUCUAAUUCGAAAGUUAAUCUUAGUCAGUAUAAUAGUGAAUCCUAAGCCUAAUGCUUAUUGCAGCAUCUUGCACAUGUUUGUAUUAAAGGCAAAAUUGUUUGAGUAAUGAUGAGAUGCAAGCUGAGAUCAUGUAUCUCAGGCUUGGGGGGGUUUGAUCAGUAGGCAUUCCAUAAAUGGCUGUUGGUACACUCUUUGAAUUUUGAUAUUUAAGGUGGUAUGGAUGUGAGAUACGUUGGCAACACUGCAGUUGGAGAAGACUUUGUGUGCUGAAGCAACAUUUUUGAGGUUGUUUUGAGACUUAAUUGGACACUGGACAUAGUGAUAUAGAUGGAAGCAAGUUGUUUUGUCAUAUCCUACCUCAUUAAGCAUGCCUGUCAUUCCAGAGUGUAGUUGUCAUCCAUUAUUCACUUGAAUGUGUAAUUUGGUAAGUGAUCUAUAAGUGAUACUAAAGAAUUGAAGGAAUUAAAUUUCUUUCUGGUCAAAAUACUUGCAAGAGUCAUGAUAGCUUGUUUCAGAGGCUGUUAUGCCCAAGGAAUACUGCUUCCUCCUAAGAGAUAGACCUUGACAUCCGAAAGGAGGCACUUAUAAUGGGUUGCACGAUGUCUUUAUUUGAGUGAAGACACUGGAGGUUAGUAAAUACAGCCAGACGCCUAAAAAUUAUUCAAGGGCUGUUACUUGUUCACAUAUUUGCUUGAAUUGCAUGUGGUUGGGGUAAUGAGUCAGCUAAUGAAUCCUUCAAAGUGGUUUUGUGCAAAAGCAACAAUUAUAAUACUAGGCUGUUUGACAUUGCCAAUUGGGAAAGGUCUUGUUUUAGUGGAUGUGGGCAUGAGAGGUGGAGCGGAGCUCUUUAUGUACAGGAAGACAGGGCAAUUACAGCCAAAAAAAAGAUAUUCUUUAUUGGAUGGUGCACUGUUGUUACUAGUGAUAAUUGAGAAAAGCAUGUAUGUUGUUAAAAUAUGGGAGUUUGCACUUCGCUAGGAGAAGUCUUGGUAUGAGUUGUUCAUGCUUAGAGAAGUUGUUCAUCAUGCCUAUGAUUUAUGCGUUACGUUAUGGAUCAGUUUUUGUUUUCUUUUCUUUUCAAAUAAUUAUGAGAUGCUUUUUGAACUAAUGUUCCAUCUUUCUCUUCUGCAGAGAACCUGGAGCAGAACAGAAAUUUAAAGAGAUUAGCAAUGCUUAUGAGGUAUUGUCGGAUGAUGAGAAACGUUCCAUUUAUGAUAGAUAUGGGGAGGCCGGGCUUAAAGGUGCUGGUGUAGGCAUGGGGGAUUUCAGCAACCCUUUUGAUCUGUUUGAAUCGUUAUUUGAUGGCUUGGGUGGCAUGGGUGGUAUGGGGAUGGGAGGAAGAGGCUCUCGGAUCAGGGCUACGGAGGGUGAAGACCAGAUGUACAAUCUGGUUUUAAAUUUUAAAGAAGCAGUUUUUGGGGUUGAAAAAGAGAUUGAAAUAACCCGACUCGAGAGCUGUAGCACCUGUGAUGGAUCUGGUGCCAAGCCAGGAACCAGGCCAUCCAAAUGUAACACAUGUGGUGGGCAAGGGCAAGUUGUCUCAUCAGCAAGGACUCCUCUGGGUGUCUUCCAACAGGUAAUGACCUGCUCUACUUGUGGUGGUACUGGGGAAAUUUCUACUCCUUGCAACACGUGUGGUGGGGAUGGACGAGUAAGGAAGUCAAAGCGGAUUAGCCUGAAAGUUCCGGCUGGGGUAGAUUCUGGCAGCCGUUUAAGGGUCCGGUCUGAGGGUAAUGCAGGAAGGAGAGGGGGACCCCCUGGAGACCUUUUUGUGUCCAUUGAAGUUCUUUCAGACCCUGUCUUGAAACGGGAUGACACCAAUAUUCUCUACACCUGUAAGGUUUCUUAUAUUGAUGCCAUCCUAGGAACGACAAUGAAGGUUCCAACAGUUGAUGGUAUAGUUGAUUUGAAGAUUCCAUCUGGUACCCAGCCAGGGACGACACUGGUGAUGGCAAAAAAAGGGGUGCCAUAUUUGAACAAAAGCAACAUGAGGGGUGAUCAGUUGGUAAGAGUGCAAGUUGAGAUCCCAAAACGGUUGAGUGGUGAAGAGAGGAAGCUCAUUGAAGAACUUGCUGACCUAAACAAGGCCAAAGCUCCCAACAGUAGCAGGAGAUAGCGAGAGGGAGGGACGGUGGUCUUUUUCCAGGUUUGCUUCUUGUUGCUGUGAAUACUCCUGAUUUCCAAACCGGUCUGCUACAUGAAAUCUUAGGGAAUUUUGUGGUUAGAUUUUGUACUAUGUAUCAUACAUACAUUGAACGGGAUUAAGAAAGAGAAUUUGAGGUACUUUUCUGCUAAUUUUUCUGGAAUUUGGUCUUUCACUUCUGCUCGAACAAUAUUAAUCAUAUAUAAUUUGAAAUUGAAUUUGAGGUACUUUUCUGCUA